UGUUUGCGGCCGCCCGGCGGCGGCGGUGGUGGCUGGAGCGUGGGGACCGAGCCGAGCCGAGCCGAGCCUCCGCGGGACGGGCAUGAGGAGUGGCGGGACGCGGAGCCGCCAGCGCCCCCCGCCCGGGGCCGGUGCGCCGUGGCCAGCCCGGCGGAGCCCGCCGGUCCGUGGGCCCUGAGGCGCCGGCGAUCCGCCGCCACCGCUCGGUCCCCCGCCGCCCGCCCGCCCGCCCCGUCCCGGGAGCCGCCUGAGGGGGGACCUGGGCUAUGCGGUGGUGGCUGCGCGCCGCCGUGCUCAGCCUGCUCGCCGGCGCCGGCGCUGAGGGCAGCGGCCAGAGCGAGUCCCAGGCCGUGGUGGGGCGAGUCGGGGAGAGCACGGUGCUGGGCUGCGACCUCCUGGACGCCCACGAGGCCCGUCCCCCUCUCUACGUGAUCGAGUGGGUCCGCUUUGGCUUCGUCCUCCCCAUCUUCAUCAAGUUCGGGCUGUACUCGCCGCGGGUGGACCCGGAGUACAUCGGUCGCGUGCGGAUCGAGGAAGGCGCCUCGCUGCGCAUCGACCUCCUGCGUGCCGAGGACCAAGGCUGGUACGAGUGCCGCGUGCUCUUCCUUGACCGGCAUAGCACCGACGCCGACUUCCAGAACGGCACCUGGAUCCACCUCACUGUCAACGCACCCCCCACUUUCCUGGAGACCCCCCCUGCAUUUGUGGAGGUGAGGGACCAGGACGCACUGAGCCUUACCUGCACGGCUGUUGGCAACCCCCAGCCUGUUGUCAUCUGGAAGAGGAGCGACCUGGCUGUGCAGAGUGGGGACACAGUGCAGGUGAGGAACGGGACGCUGAGUAUUGCUGUUGUGGAGCGCGCCAGCGCAGGCACUUAUACCUGCCAUGCUUCCAGCAAGGAGGGUACCAUCACCCACACCACCCGUGUGCUUGUGCAGGGGCCACCUAUCAUCGUGGUGCCACCCCAGAACGUCACCGUCAACGUCUCCCAAGAUGCCUUUCUGGCAUGCCAGGCUGAGGCGUACCCAGGAAACCUCACCUACACCUGGUUCCAGGGCAGCAGCAAUGUCUUCCAUCUCAGCCACCUCCAGGCUCGGGUCCGCGUCCUGGUGGACGGGAGUCUCUUGCUCCAGCGAACGACCCCAGACGAUGCCGGCAAAUACACCUGCAUCCCCAGCAAUGGGCUGUGGAAGCCGCCUUCUGCCUCAGCCUUCGUCACAGUGCUGUAUCCAGCGCAGGUGACCACUAUGCUCCCAGAGACCCACCUGCCCAAGGGGAUGCAGGGUGUGAUCCGCUGCCCCACCAGGGCCAACCCCCCUCUGCUCUCCGUCAGCUGGACGAGGGAUGGGCGCCCACUGGAGCUGGACAAGCUCCCUGGCUGGUCCACAAGACCAGACGGCUCCAUUGUCAUUGCGAUGGGGAACGACGAUGCGCUGGGAGUGUACACGUGUACCCCGUACAACAGCUAUGGCACUGCUGGCGAGUCCCGGCCCACGCGUGUCCUGCUGAAGGACCCCCCUGCCUUCACGGUGCGCCCUAAGGAGGAAUACUUCCAGGAGGUGGGCCGGGAGCUGGUGAUCCCCUGCGCCGCCCAUGGGGAUCCCCCCCCAACUGUCACCUGGCUGAAGGUGGGUAGCAUGGGGAAGAGUGGUGCCCAGGUGGAUGGGAACAGCAGCCUCAUCUUCCACCCGCUCGUCAAGGAGCAGCAUGGUGUCUGGGAGUGCACGGCCACCAACCUGGUGGCCAGUGUCAGCACCACCACCUCUGUCCACGUGCUGGGUACCAGUCCUCACGCUGUCACCAACGUCACUGUGCUCCCGCUCCUGCUGGCAGCCAAUAUCUCCUGGGAGCCGGGGUUUGACGGGGGUUAUUUCCAGAGGUUCAGCGUCUGGUACACACCGCUGGUGAAGCAUCCACCCCGGGCCCAUCAUGACUGGGUGUCGCUCUCUGUGCCGGUGGGGGCUCAGCACCUCUUGGUGGAAAAUCUGCAGCCAGACUUAAGCUACCAGUUCAGCGUCCUGGCCCAGAACAAGCUGGGCAGUGGCCCCUUCAGCCAGAUUGUCACCUCUGUGCCCAGGGGCUUCCCAGUGACCACAGUGCCUCCAGAGCCGCCAGCCAUGACCAUGCGCGUCUUCCUGUCCCCGCCGCAGGCUCUGACUGCCAAUGAGACUGUGCGUGGGGUCCUGCUGCAGUGGGAGCCCCCGGCUCAGUUCUCAGUGGCGCUGAGCGGCUAUGCGCUGGAGCUGCGGCAGGGCAAGGGUGGCUGGGAGGUGCUGGACCGCUCCAUCCCUAGCACGAAGACCCAGGUGCUGGUGCCAGGACUCAUCAAGGACGCCUUCUAUGAGUUCCGACUGGUGGCCUUUGCUGGCAGCUACAUCAGCGAUCCUAGCAACACGGUGAAUGUCUCCACAGCAGGCAUGGAGGUGUAUCCGUCUCGCACCCAGCUGCCAGAGCUCCUGCCGCAGCCAGUGCUGGCCGGGGUCGUCGGUGGGAUCUGCUUCCUCAGCGUGGCCAUCAUCUUCAGCACAAUGGCUGCCUGCAUCAUGAACCGCCGGCGUGCUGCCCGCAUCCAGAAGCGAAGGCAAGAUCCACCACUCGUCUUCUCCCCCAGCAAGAAGCUUCCACCUCCACACAAUUCUCAUGGCUCUGGUAGCCCAGACAGCACCGUGAAGCUGAAGCUGCAGCCGUCUCCCUACCAGAGCCUGCGCCGGACGCUGCUGUGGGGCGAGAAAGCCGGCACCAGCCUGGGUCUCAGCAUCGCCGGGGCCGGCUCCCGGUACGCCAUGUAUGAGAGCCACGUCGGGGAGCAUGUGCCCCUGGAGCGGAUCUGCCGUGGCCCCGACGGGCGCUUUGUGGUGGAGACUGACACGCAGCCACAGGAGAGCAGCUUCGGGUCGCUGCCCUAUGCUGAGCCAGAGCUGUACCCCCAGCAGGACCCCCAGGGCCCACAGCCCCAGCCCUACCUCCAGCUGCCCGCAGAGGAGGAGGAGGAGCACAUCUGGCACAAGGGGGUCUCGCUGCGCCCCCGGUCCAUGGGGCAGGCCCGCCGGGGAGCCCGGGCCGCCAGCUACCGCCGGGGCCGCUACUUCGGCUAUGACAGCAGCAGCCCCGUGGAUGAGGCCGCGCCAUUGUGCAUCAUCAACAUCAGCCCCGUGGCCUCCGCCGCGACUCUGCCUUACAGCGCCGUGGAGGAGCUGCGCGACAGCCCCAGCAGCACCGGGCCCUGCCAGAGCACCGCCAGCGCCCUGUGGGACUCGCUGCCCCUCGAGGGCUCCCCCCGGCUGCCCCUCAGCCCCCUGGCCUCCCCCAGCCCCAGCCUUGGGUGCAGCUGGCAGCCGGCUAGCCCCCCAGCCCAGAGCGGGAUCCUCCAGUACCUGAGCCUGCCUUUCUUCAAGGAGAUGUGUGUCGAUGGUGACUGGCCGCCCCCGGAGGAGCCAGCAGAGCCCAGCCAUGCCGGCGGCCAGCCAGAGCCCGCUGACAGCCCACCGCCUGCCCCGUCGGGGUCUGGGGGCUCCCUGCAGCACGUGGGGCGGACGCUGUGCCCGGACUGCAUCGACACCUGUGCCAACGCCACCUCUCCCCCAGCUGCCACUUUCCUCAAACCCCCCAGGCUGCCGGUGGGUCCUGCCAAGGCCUCGCUGCCUGGCACUGCCGCCUGGCCCAGCUCCCCCAGCCCAGGGGCCAGCCUGCGGCCCCCCACCCAGCCGGCUCACCGCCUCCCCGUUGGUGGUGGCAGGACUGAGGCCAUGCCCUCAGCUGGCACCAUAGAGCCUGGCUGGGCACCGGGCAGGCCACCGGAUCCUGCCCCCCUGGAGAAGCUGCCGCGGGGCAGUUUGACCAGCCAGAGCAGCGGCCGGGGCAGUGCCUCCUUCCUGCGGCCCCCCUCGCUGGCACCAUCCCUGGGGGGAAACUGCCUGGGCACCCCGCUCGGGGACAGGGGCAGCUGGCACGGUGGAGGCUUGGCAGCGGAGGAGGGCAGGGCAAGGAUGGAUCCAGCCCUCAGUGGCACCGGAAAGAGGAGGAACACCUCGGUGGAUGAGAACUAUGAGUGGGAUGCAGAGUUUGCCCUGGAGUCGGACAUCCUCGAGGCGCUGCAGCUCUACCGCAGCGGGGACCCGGCGCGGCCUGUCUCCACCAUUGUCCUGCGCGACCUGGAGCGGCAGAAGCCCAGCGGCGGUGGCUCCUCCCCGGUGAGCUCGGUGUCGGCGGAGGCGUUGGCGGCGGGCGGCCCCCCGGGGCGCAGCAGGGCCCUGCGCCAGGAGCUGGUAGCGUCCCGGCACCGCAGGGAGGUGGCCCGGCAGCGGCUGGGUCCCCGCGGGUGCUGUGCUGAGCGCUUUGAGCUGGCCACGCUGCUCUAGGGACCCCCGGGACCUCCUGGGCUGGGCAAGAAGGAUGCUGGGGUGGAAUAAAGAGGCGUGAGAGCAGCACCCGCUCCUGUGUGGCAGGCAGGGGCACGGGUGCCCCCCCCCCCGGGCACUCCCCCCCACCCCGGGCACCCACCAUCCCCUGCCCGAGGGCACCCUUGUCCCUUCAGGGUCCUGCCACUAUCCCCCCCCCCAACCCAUCCUUGUGCUCCCCGCAUCCCUCACCGUGUCCCACCUCCUCCUACUCGCGCUGCGUGUGUCAUGUCCGUCCGUCCGUCCCCUCCCCGUCCCUAUGCUUUGUGCAGGCUCCCCUCCUGGUGCCCCCCUGAAGGGUCUCCCACCCGCUCCCCGCAGCCCCCUCCCUGCCCCGUGCUCCCCCUCCUUCUCGGGCUGCGGGCGGGGCGGGGUCUGGCUGCAGCUCCACGCGGGGCGGGGCCUGCGCGCCUCGUUCCCUUAUAUGGCCAUGCCACGGGAGCGCGUCACGGGGGCGGGGCCUAGAGCGCACUUCGUCACCCCCGGCCCUGGGGUGUUCCGGGUGUCGCUCGUGGGCUGUGCCACGGGUCACGUCGGGUCGCACCGGGCUGUGCCCCGGGUCCGCCCCGUCUCCCCCCCGGGUCCCGCCCAUGUGUCACCCCCGUCUGCCCCGCCAAGUUGACCCGUGUCACCCCGUUCUGCCCAUCAGGGUCGCCCCCAAACCUGCACUGCAUCACAUCGUGUCCCUGGUCCGGCCUUGUGUCCCCCUCAUCCUGCCCCACGUCCCCGGCAUCAGCCCUGCUCCCCUGAUCCUCCCCCGUGUGCCCUAGGGGUCCUGCUUGGGCUGCUCCUGCAUUGUCCCUGGCUGCAGUCCCUGAGCAUCCUGCCCUGUACCCCCCCACCUCCGUGUCAUCCCCAGCCCUGUCCCCCUGGGUCCUGCCCUGUGCCACCCUGUUCCACCCCCUGGGGUCCUGGCCCCUGCCACCCCCGCUCUGUGCCCUGGAGCUCCUGCCCCCUUUUGCCCCCACACUGCCCCCAGGGGUCCUGUCCCCAAAGCACCCUCUGUUACCCCCUGCCUUCCCUGGCCGAGUCCUUCCAUGAUCCUGCCCCCAUGUCACCGUUUUCCUGAUCUCUGUAUCAUCCCUAUGGGACCUGCUCCCUGUAUCACACCCCUCCUGCUCCACCUGUCACCCUGGGUCUCCCCCUCGCCCCGGGUGCUGU